AAGGUUUGUAAAUACUCCAUGUCCAUUCAUGAAAUGUACGUGCUAUAAAGCGUAUGAAGCUUAUGUUCCCCAAUUUGAUCGCUGAAAAUGGAAAAGUGGUUGAAAAUCAGCUUGAUAUUGAGUUUGUUCGGUUUCUUCAAAGAAAUUCGCCCGUCUGAGCCCUAUGUCUAUGAAUAUCUCUCGGGAAAUUGGACGGACAUGUCGGGAACAGAAGUCAGCGAAGAUGUAUUCACCGUUGGUACAUACAUAAAUACGCCUCUGGUGAUUGUUGCAUUCUUGAUCACAGACCUGCUGCGCUACAAGCCACUCAUUGUUUUAUGUGGAGUGUUUGGUAUAAUAGUAUGGAGUAUGUUGAUUUGGACACCUACCCUCUUCAUGAUGCAACUAAUGGAAAUUUUCUAUGCAGGUUUCGCUUCCUGUGACAUAGCAUACUUUACGUACAUGUACGCCAAAGUAGAUAAAGAACACUACCCUAAGGUGACAUCCAAUACUCGAAUGGCUUAUCUUCUUGGAAGAUCGCUCUCGGGGAUUUUAGGACAGGUUCUAUCAACAUCAAACAUCAUGGAUUACAAACAACUCAAUUUUAUAACACUGGGAGCUAUGGUUCUAGCUACAACUACUGCGCUAUUCCUGCCAUCGGUGAAGAACACUAUAUAUUUCCACCAAGGGAAUGCACAUGCUGAGAAAAGCUCUCCAUGCGAGAAGAGCAAAGAAGCUUUCAAGCUUAUGGGCUCUUUCUUCCAGGACUCAUUUUCGAAGGGUUUGGUCAUCAAGUGGUCCAUAGUAAACGCAGUUUCUGCAUGCGGAUUCGGUUUGGUAGAAGUGUACAGCCAGACACUAUGGAGUGAGAUUAACAAAAGAGAUCGUGUCACUCUUGGAAAUGGAAUAGUCAUUUCCAUUUAUACAAUGAUCGGUGUUAUCGGUUCUUUUUUCGCAGGAUACUUCAAAAUUGAUUGGUCUAAAAGGAGUUUGCUCCUUUUUGCUUCAUAUUUUUCGAUUGCAGCUGGAUUCGUUAUUUUGAUGUCACAAGCAGAGCACGUGUACCUUAGUUAUGCCUUAUAUUCCGCGUUUGGGGGCCUGUAUCAGUUCUUGACCACAGUUGCGUAUUCGGAAAUUUGCCAGCGAAUACCUCCAGACAGUUAUGGCCUUAUUUUGGGCAUCAACACUUUUGUAGGUUUGGUAUUGCAGUCGUUGAUCGUUUCAAUUGUGAUAAAAAUAUUCCACGCACCAGUUCGUCUGCAAUAUCUUAUAUUCGGUUGUUGGCACGUUUUCAUUGUAGCAAUGUUUAUAAUUCACGAAAUUUUCUCUAGGAUUGUAAGGAAAAGAGCCGAACGAAAAGGACAGUCAUAGAAGAUUCAUUCCCGAUCAGAUAAAAUAAAAAUAAAGAAAUGUAGAAAGAAAUUUUUUCUAACCCCUAUCAUGUUCAUCUAGGUACAUAAACAGGGAGUAAAUGAAUUGUUGUGAAAAAAUUUAAGGGGUGAUUCCUAGUCAAAAAAUAGUGAGUCUUUUCGAAAUGAAAAAUGCAAAAAGGGGCUGCAAGUGACGUUUCAUAUGACACACAAUUACCAUAUUUGAAUUUUGCAAAAUGAAAACGUCCAUUGGAUACUUAGAUUCACCCAUCAUUAUGCCCAAACUUUUAUUCGUAAAUUUUUUUGUUGUUUACAAAUAAUCGGCGUCACAAAGUGCAUCCUUAUCAAAACCCGAAUGAAACAUUGAUCGAAUUCAUGAAGUACAUUAUUCAUUUCAAGUUCAUCAUUCGGGUUGAUAAUGGCUAUCUUAAGAAAUAUACCCGGUUUUUACGCUAAUGACAUCAUCAACUUUCGGCGCAAUGAGUUUUAGUUGUAUUUAAUUAGGAGGAGAAAAGAAAGUAAUGACCUUUAUUUACUUAGAAUUCUUAUCAGUCUUUGCACGUAACAUGGGAAAUAUCGGUACGAAAUAAAUUCUCAACAUGAAUCGAUUUGGUAAGAGAAAGUGUCCGCUUGGAGACAUUUUGCAUUGAUUCUUUCUGGGAAUUCAUACAGGAUUCGUAAGGAUCCUCCACAUUCCGGUUUUUCGGUUCUUUAUCUGUCAGAUUGAAACCAGAACUAAGAAAAAUCAUCAUACCCACCUGUUUGUUACGUUUUGAGAAAAAAUACUUGAAAAAUCACCGAAUUCAGCUCAAAUAAACCAUUAAAAACUGAUACUGUACGUUUAAAUUACAUUUUGAAGGCUCCUGCAGAACUUGAGCGCCAUCUGUCGAACAGUUAUUGCGAUACAAACAUUUUUUUCUCAUUUUCUAGAAAGUGAUGAGAUCUCCACGAAUUUUGGUCUUGAUAUGGGCAGUUCACAACAUAUUACUGUUCCUUUAGAAAUAUAAGUGAAUACGGUGGGGCAUAUAGACAGAGAAAUACAGCAUUGUUGGUAGUUGGGAUAGUUUCAGUGGAAAUCUUGUAUAUUAUUUAAUCUUGUACAUGAUCCAUGUAUUUCUUAUCCUGUAUAAUUAUAACUUGACUAUAUGCAAUGAC